AUGAACACCAGCAGUAAAGAAGUCCCUAAACACAUCAUGGACUUUUUAAGCUUAGGCGAUAAGUUUGGCUUGCCCUUUAACCAUAGCAAUAAAAAUAACCGCUUGAAAUAUGUACUAGACGUAAUAAAAAACUUCGAAUGUAAUAGUUAUAAGAUACCUGACAAUAUAAUAGAUGACACACGCUUGCGUAUCGCCACUUCGCUCAGCAAAUCCCUUCGCAAAACUAAACAUAUACAGUUCAUGGAGAGAAAGUUACUAACAGAUUUCACUGAAUGUAACAAAUUCCUCCUUGAAAAUAAAGACAUAAUGGUCACUAAAGCUGACAAAGGCCAAGUGACCGUAAUCAUGGACAAAAAUAAAUAUGUAAACCAAAUGAAGGAUCUACUAAGCGACCAGACAACCUAUAGGAAACUAUCAAAAGACCCUAUAUACUCAACCUCGACAAAACUUAAUAACUUGGUCAAGUCAUGGCGAAAAAAUGACAUCAUCGACGAACACACAUAUUGGUAUCUAAAUUGUACGAACGGAAAUACCCCACGUUGUUACGGUCUGCCUAAGAUCCACAAGCCUGGCCUUCCCUUAAGGAUCAUAGUCUCCUCCGUAGGUAGCCCAUUGUAUAAUGUGGCACGUUAUUUACACAAUGUAUUACACAAAUCAAUUCCUAACGCUCAAUCCUUUAUAAAGGACAGCUGGUCAUUUGUUACCUCAAUUAACAAUAUAAAUAUUCAACCUAAUGAAUUGAUGAUCUCACUGGAUGUCACUUCUCUUUUUACAAACAUACCAAAAGAGUUAGUCCUAAAAGGCAUUGAAAAAAGAUGGAACUAUAUCUCCAAGUCUACCAAACUUAACUUAAAUCAAUUCUUAUACGCGAUAGACCUUGUCCUAAACUCAACCAGCUUUACCUUUGAAGGACAGGCUUAUGAGCAAAUCUUCGGCAGUCCGAUGGGAUCUCCACUCUCACCCAUACUAGCGAAUAUUGUCAUGGAGGAUUUGGAAACGAACUGUUUAGCCAAACUUGCGUUUGAGGUUCCUUGUUUCUACAGAUACGUCGAUGAUAUCUUCACGAUACUUCCACGCGAUAAACUCCCAGAA